AUGAUUGGAAGAGACUCUUUAGAUGCCCUCCUCUUCUGGUUGACAGAGUUUAUGUCUAAACCACCUGGAACGGAGAUGACUGUGGAGUUGUUGAGGGCUUCGUUUACGGAGAUUGUGGCUACUGUUUGUGCCCAAGUGGGAUUCGAAAAGGUCAACGUUGAGGCCGUUGACAUACUCGCCGAUAUAUUGCACAAAUACCUCAGCACCCUUUCAGAGUUUAUUGCGGCUCUGGGUGAGGAUAGCUACUUUGGUCUCCUCGAUGGGGUCACGACACUGGAAGUCCUCGAUCAGCCGCUGGAGUCCUUGCUUACAUUUGCCGAUGAAGUUGGC